GGGUCUUCGCGUCUCGGCGUCGCGGCCCCUCGAAGCGGCUCCGGCCUCAGCAGCUGCCCGGGUUGGGCUCGUGGGACCGCGGGGCUGCUCAGCGCGCUGUCCCCGGGGGUUCCUGCCUGUGCCCUGCGCUCUGCGACAUCCGCUUUGCUGCUGUGCUGCUGCGCGGAGCUCUGCUCACCCCCUGCAGACACCUGGCGAGGGCUGGAUGAGAGCUGGGGGUGUUUCCUCCGGACCCAGCUGGCCUUGCCUUUCCUGCAGAGGCAGAAGCGGAACCCCGAGCAUGGUGCAGUACCCGGCUCUGGGGCCCGUCAGACUCCUGGGAAGCACCAGCAGCUCUGGGAACAGGGCGGCCCCUCACCGAGCCUAGGGGUCACUCCCCGGUGCCAGCGUCCGUGCUGGCCCGCGGCACAACCUUCCAGCUUCCCUGCCCUUCCCCGGGCUGGCUGUCAGCUGUGCAUUGCAUCCUUGUGAAGGCAGUUCACAGGGCAGUGAACUGUGGAUGCACUUGUGGGCAUCCACAUGGCUCCGUGAGGGGGGUCCCUGCCCGCCUGGACCCACGUGUGUUCUGUGCUCCUUUUGGGGUGGGAGGGUUCUUUGCUGCUGGGCAGUGCUCGCCAAACUCAGGCUAUGGAUGCAAGGCUGGGCUUCUCUGCAGGGCCUCCCUGCAGCUGUCAGUGACUGGCCCGGCUCAAAGGUACUGGUAUGGCACUGGGAGUCAUUCCAUGUCUGUGGCCCUGUGUCAUGCAGACAGCGUUGCAGCCUUUGUCCUAGGCAGGGCUCCUGGGGCUCAGCUGGGAGCCCACCACCCACCUUCAGUAUGGUGGGAGCAGUGAUAAGGCAGGGAGCGCUUGCUUGGAGCAGUGCUAUGCUAACACCUUUGUUCACCUGGUAGCUGCCAGUUACACACUUAGGGUCCAGAAGCUGGUCAGCAGAUUAAGGAUGAGUUUGGCAAGGUGCUGUGAGGUCAAGGGGCUGUACUGAAGGCCUGCCCUGGAGCACAAGGCGUAGGAGCUGCUGCAUAUGGUCUCUGCAAGAAAGCGAAGGUGCUUGGUUGCAAUUUCUGCUCAUCUGCUUGGAGAGUGAGAUUUUGUGUUGUGUUAAUUGCUGUCCAGAAGGUGAGCAGCUUGGGAAUGGGCUGGGGAGAUGAUCUGAGUUCAGGAUGGGAUUUCUUUCAAGGUCCUACAGCUGAGUUGGAGCAAUUCCAAGCACAGAUACAUGUUGGACAGAGAAUGGCUUGAGAGCAGCUCUGAGGAAAAGGAUUUAGGGGUGUCAGUUGAUGUAAGACUCAGUGUGAGCUGGCAGUGUGUCCUUGCAGCCCAGAAGGCCAGCUGUAUCCUACGUUGCAUCUAGAGAAGUGUGAGCAGCAGGUUGAGGGAGGUGAUUCUGCCCCACUGCUGUGCUCUUGUGAGACCUGCAUCCAGUCCUGGAGCCUCCAGCACAAAAAGGAUGUGGAGCUGUUGGAGCAGGUCCAGAGGAGGGCCACAAAGAUAAUCAGAGGGCUGGAGCACCUCCCCUGCAGGGCCAGGGUGAGGGAGCUGAGGGUUUUCAGCUUGGAGAAGAGAAGGUUCAGAGGAAACGAGAUAGUGGCCUUCCAGGACCUGAAGGGGACUACAGGAAGGGUGGGGAGUGGCUUUUUAUAAGAGCAGGUAGUGACAGGAUGAGGGGAAAUGGCUUUAAACUUAAAGAGGGAGUAGAUUUAGACUAGGUAAUAAGAAGAAAUUCUUUCCUGUGAGGGUGGUGAGAUACAGGAACAGGUUGCCCACUGAGGUUGUGAACAUUCUUGCCCUGGAGGCAUUCCAGGCCAGGUAGAAUGGGGCUAUGAGCAGUCUGUCCCUGCGUAUAGCACGGGGUUGGAACUACAGGAUCUUAAAGGUCACUUCCAACACAAACCAUUCUGAUUCUUUUUCUUUUGAAGAUGAGGAAAGGCACAGUCCAACAAAGCCCUCAGAGGUUCUUGGCUGCCUGAUUCCAGGUUGAGCUCUGCUGCGUUGGAUACUUCAGGAGAGCAGAAGCGGCUGCUGUCAGCUCUUGGACUUUGGGUUUUAGCAGUGCGCAUCCUGUUUAGAAGCCAGAAUCUGUUGGCCUUGUUUGGGCCUUACUUCUUGCAGGGGAGCUCAUAUGACUAGUUUUAAACUGAAACUGCAGCAGCUUGUCUUCUGCAAGAUGUGCCGCAACCCCGGCCACGUGACCCUGGGAAAGUUUCCUGCUUGCUCUGAGCUCGGACCCUCAUGCAAGAGCACAAAAUCCGCUGGAAGGGCUGUUGCAGAACAUCAGUGGGCCCCUGGUUUGCAUGGGGCUGCCCCAGAGGAGGGUCCCUGGGGGCACCAAGGGUGCGUCUACCACACGGGUCCUCGGGGGACUCUGCCGUGGAGAUGUGGCCUCUGGCAGAGUGCUUGUGUUGCACUUUCAGUUCUGCAUAUGCUAAAAGUAGGAGUGCUCGCUUCCCUCUGCGGUCUGUGCGCUAAUCCUGGCACUGUCUUCCUGGCUGUGCAGAAGCAGGACGCGGGCUGCUGGGUAAUGGCAUCUGCUCCCUCUCCUGUUUGUGUAGCUAGGAGAGCAGCCGGGCCUGUGCUGUGCUUUGGGUGCUGAUAUCAGCUGAUAUCAGAGCACAUCUGUGUGGAAGUGGGGCUGUUCUUGGCCUCCACAGCGUGCACCUGUGUGCCAAGCCUGAGCUGCCCCAGUGGUCAAGAGGGCAGUGGUGCUGUGGGCACUGGGGUCCCACGAGGGGACUGUGUCAGUGCUGUCUUUGCUCAAGGGAGGGUCUGGAGGGAGGCCUGCUGGAAGGGGAGGGAGAAAUUCUUAUUUGAAAGAGUGGUCAGGCAUUGGGACGGGGAAGUGGUGGGGUCAUGUCCCUGGAGGUGUUCAAGAGCUGUGGAGAUGUGGCAUUGAGGGACAUGGCCAAUGGGCACGGUGGAGAUGAAUUGGGGUUGAGCUUGAUGAUGUUAGAGGGGAUUUUUAUCCCCUAUGGUUGUGCGAUCUGCUUCCUGUCCCAUGCACUGGGUUGAGGGUCGUGCUAGGGUUUCCGUGCAGCCUCUCCUACCCAGUCCUGUCUCUUUCUGUCCAUGUCACUCUGGGUAGGUAUGGUCUGUGGUGCUGGGUGGGAGGAGGCUUGGCUGAGCUGUGCUGGGCUGGGUGGGCCCCUUGCGGAGAGCAGUGGGGCCUGGGGAAAAUGGGGCAGGGGACAGUGACCGCAGGGUGUCCUUGCAAAGCUGGUGCAGGCAGAGGGGCUGGCAUUGAUCAUCUCUCUCUCAUCAGAGGAAUGGCCCCAGAAAUGCUGCUGUGGCACUCCAGAGUUGUGGAGAGGGCAGUGGGGAGGCACCAGUCCUGGAGAUGGCCGUGAACUCUAUCUACUAUUCGAGAGAUGAAGUGAAUGCCUUCUGGGUGACAGUGCAGCGGACUGAGGCUGCGGAGCGGUGCGAGCUGCGCGGCUCCUACGUGCUCAAGGCUGAACGUGACAGCCUCAUCCUGAAGGACCCGCGGAGCAGUGAGAUCCUCUACGUCUGGCCCUACCGGCUACUCCGGAGAUACGGCCGGGACAAGGUGAUGUUCUCCUUUGAAGCUGGCAGGCGCUGUGAUUCUGGACCAGGGAACUUCACCUUUGAGACCAAGCAGGGCAAUGAGAUUUUCCGCUUGGUGGAAGCCUCCAUCCGGGAACAGAAAGCUCAGGUGGAGGAGAACCAGCAGAGCUGUGACUCGUUGGAAUCUGACAACCCCAGUGUGGUGCUGAUCCGCCAGGCCCUGGCUGACGCACUGAGCCUGGAGCAGCCCACAGAAGGGGAUGAUGCUGCAGCACCCAAGGCAGGCCUGGCACCCCGGCCUUCUGCUGCAGCAGAGGAGAGAGAUGCGAUAUCACUGCUGAAGACCCGGAUGCUGCCAGAGCCACCUGUGCUGCAGGCCAAGCCCCCCAUCACCAGCACCCCUCCACGCUCCCCUCUGCCCAAGGUGCCGCGGGCCGUCCUGCCGGACAAGGAUCCCUCCAGCCUCUACUCAGAGCCUCUGGACUCCGUGAAGAGCUUCCGACCCAGGCCGGACCCGCUGUACGCGGACCCCAUUGACAGCAAGGCCGCGGGGGCUGCGGAGGGGGUGAAGCUCCGGGCGCCGUUCCCAGGUACCUGUGAGCAGCUGCGUGCCCAGGGCUGCGGGCCGCUGCGCAAGGAGCACAUCUACGACGAGCCCGAGGGCUGCGCGCCCCGCGUGCUGCCCGCCGCCGCCAGCAUCUACGACGAGGCACGGCCCAUAGGUGAGGCCUGGCGCACGCAGGGCCACGACGGCAAGAGCGGCUAUGAGUACCCCUACAGCCCCAGUACUGAUGACUAUUCGGUUCCUGCCUUCAAGGCCAAGGGCCCCAAGCCGGUGCCUGCUCCCAAGCCCCCGGCAACGUUCAUCUCCAAAUGUGCUGAAAGAAGUGAGGACCCUGGCAGGCGGCGAGGGAAUCCUGCUACUGAGAAGGCGGCCGUCAAACCCGGCCUGAACAGCAGCAACAACAACAACACGGAGGUGCUGUACUGCCGGGUGAUGAAGCCCCAGCUUGGGCAGAGGAAGGAGCAGUGUGUGGAUGAGUGUAACUUGUCUCCUGUCUAUGAGGACCUAGGAGAGAUAUAACGUGCUGCUGCUCUGCUCCUGCCUGGGGGGCUUUGGGGCCCAAACUCAGCAAGGAGUGGCACAGGCGGCUGUGUUCCAUGGCCCGGCGUGGGGCUGGGGGCUGUGUGGGACGGGGCAGAGCCUCUCCCACUCGUCAGCUCUGAGGGGCUGUGUCUCCUUGGGGCUGUCCCACACUCCCAGGGUCAGAGUGCACUGGUGCGGUGCUGCUCGGCUCCAGGGCCCGCCUCACUGCCACCUGGUGGGGCAGGCGGGUGGGCUCUGCACUGCGCCUGCUGCUCUGACUCCAGAGGCUCUGGCUGUGCUACGCCUUUCUCUCUGGGCCAGCCAUGGGGCUAAGAUGCUCACUGCAGCGCCGGGGGGGCUGCUUGCCAUCAGUCUCCAAAAGUAUUUUUAUACAAAAUUAUUUUGAUAUUAAAAUUUAUAUGUCUUAUGAUGAAGUGUUUGCAUGUGGCAUGUUAGGCACGUAGCUGGGGAGAUGCUGGUGCAGUGUUGUGGUGUGUGAUGCCCUGUAGAGCAGUGCUCACACUGUCUGUGCCAGAGCUGCCGAGCUAAGAGGAAACCAGAGAGACAGUGGGUGGCAGCUCCAGCAGUGGCCGGGAUGCCCUGAUGCCAAGGGAUUGAGGGAUGUGAGAAUGAGCCCCACUGAGGCUCUAGUGUGCUAGUCAGGAUGAGACAUGUUGGGAUGACCUGAAAAAGUGCGGAACUCUCUUGGUCAGGGCCAGGCUCAAGGUCUGUGCUGGAGCUCAAUGGCUCUUGAUCAGUCACAGGUUCUCUGCUUAACCUGGUGCAUUCCUCUGCUGAUUCCCCUUUUAUCCUCAUGUACUUGUGGAAGGCUGAGGGUGGUCCAGUCUGAGUCCCACUGACUUUGAUGGCAAAUACUGUAAUUGUGCUGUUUAUGAGGAGAAAGGUUUGGCUAUGAUUUUAGUGUGCCUUGGGCAGAAACCUGCAGAGAGAAAAAAUAUGUUGCUCUUUUGGUGUUGUGAGAGAUUUUGUCUCCUCUGUGUGGGGAUAUGCCAGGUACCUUGGUGCUGCCUGUCCCUCAGUCUGUCUUGUGCUGCUGAUGGCUUCUGCAAGUUCACCAGCCUGCUGAUGGAGAUGGAAGCAGAAGUCUGAUAUUCCUGUGCAGAGGACUAAGCAUGAAUUCAGUAGCCCAAGCUCACAACCAGAGAACCACAAACUGGUAGCAAGGUGUGCAGGGCUGUGUUCACAUUCCCAAGCUGGUGAGAUGGAAGCAAGCAGUGAGUUCUGACUGGGUGUGUGAUGUCUGGGUUGCAGGAGGAGCUGUAAAAGUGCAGCAGUAACUUGAACCAAUUUGUUGUUGUUGUCUUGUGCUGCAUACUCUUUUCUGCUGGGGUUUUGCUGCAGUAAACUGGAGAAACACCUCAGAGGUGUUUUGGGAACCAGAGAGAGGCUGAUGCUGUUCCUGCCCAGGACAGGUGUGUGCCUGCUCCCUGUGCACAGCUGUGGGGUGACCCCACGCAGGUGCUUCAAGUCCUAGGAAUUCUCAGGGAAGAGCUCUGGGUAUUGCAUUGGGGGGCACCUGCCCAUAAACCUUCUUUGUGACUCCCGUGUAAGGCUCUAAAACUUGAGUGAUGAAGUGCAGCCUCCAAGGAGCUGAGCUCUGGGCUCCGCCUUACACAUGUGCUGGGUAUUUGCACAUCUGCAUCACUGCAGUUGCUGUGUCUGAGGAUACUGAGUGUGUCUGUCCCAGCUUUCACUAUAAAGAAUGCCAGUGAAGAAGGAAAGUGCUCCAGCAUCUGUGCUAGAUUCAGUGCUCUCCCUGUAGCCCUGCACUCCUCCUGGAUGGGAUGGGAUAUUUGCUCUUCUUGCUUCAACAGUGACAUCUUCUCUCCGUUAACUGGCCUAAAACAAAAAGGUAAGCACACAACUCAACAUCUGUCUUCUGCAUUUGUCCUGCUUUCUUUACAGGCAUUGCCACAUGUCAACAGCGCGUGCAGCACAGAAAGCUCUUGCUGAUCUGGAGAGCAAUCCUUUUUCUGGCUCACUGUUGUAGACCAGGCUUGCCAUCUCCCUCAGGCUGCUGCUCUGUGCUCCAACUGUCUGGAAGCAGGUCAGGGUGCCAUAGGUGCUUUGAGAAAGCAUAAGAAAUAAGGCAAAUACAGAGUGAGCUUUUGGCUGGUCAUAGCCUUCCUGUAGCCAAAGUUGCAGUGAAUUCUAGGAGCAGAUGACCUUGCUGAAUUUUUGUCUGGAUUAGGUUUAUUCGGUCUGCCUUCUUUUGUUUCCUGUUAUUUCCACAUGUUGAACAGUGAAGCAGCUGGGCGAAGCUCACAGAUAGCCCUGGCACAUCACAGUAAUUGUGCCAUGACUGAAUGCAGUCUGCAUGCUUGGGGAACAGCAUCCUGGCAUUUUCUGCCUUGUCUAUGUGCUAGGAGCCAGACUGCGUGGUGCACAGAAUAUCAUUUGGAUAUCAGGCUUCCUUGUAUGUGGGCAGCCUAUGAGCCUUCCUGUUCCCUUUUGCUAAAAGCCUAAACUCCAGCUGAGAAAUGUUACUGAGUACAGCAGGUCUAGCAGCCACGGCUGAGAUGAAGCAGCAUUCUUGGUCUCUGUAGGCCAGUUGGCAGUUUUUAUCAGGAGAAAAAUACUUGGGAAGUGCCAAAGCCCAGCCAUAUCUUCCCCUUUGUACCGCCUUUUUCUGUUUCUUGUUCCGGAAAACACGUCCUUUUAUAACCACUUCCUCCUCCCAUAUGGGGUCGUAGCAUGGUGCAGGUGUGAGACAGCCGUUCUGCCAGGUUAUUUUUUCCCAUUGGAAAUUGGGAAAUUUCCAAUGGCAUUAGGGAGAGCACUCAAAAACACACUGGCUGUAGGGUUAUUGCCCUGCUUCACACCAGUGACCAGGCAGAAGGCUUCAGAAGGAACCCCCAAACACUCCCAGAUUUGUGGUUUCUUUCCCCUUGUAGUCCCUUUUCCCUCUUUGCGAGUUUCUCCUUUGUCAGCCUCCUUUGGUUCACAGUAAACCAUCAGCUGCUGUUGAUGUACCCUUUCCUACUGAUAGAACUGCCCGAAUAAUUUCUAUCUCGGUCAUCAGAUCAGAUAAGGAGGAAGGGGAUUAUUUUAUCUGCUUGUUUUUUCAUAUUAUCUGGUUAGCAUGCUGGAGGUGAAACCAUUUUUGUGUGCAUUACUGCCAUUUGUUUCUGGCCACUUCUCAGUUCCUCACCCCCUGAGCUUGUUUGUUAGAGGUGAGGACUGGCCAUCUGCAUGCACGCACACCCCAGGAAAUGCAUCUCCCUGUGCUGCUGGGGAUGUCUCCCUUUCCUCCAGGUACCUGCCCUGAGCAGCUGCCCGCAUACUGCCAGCUGCCCGGGCAUGGGGGGCUGCCAGGGCACGGGAAGCUCAGAUGCAUGCAGCAGGAACCAGCAGCAAAGGCACACAGCAAUAUGGGGAGUGGUGUGUCCAGGCUUUGUGCUGCACUUGAGUCAGCCUGUGUGCAGUUGGUCAUGGCACAGCUCCCACGUGGACACAGAAAGCAGCGUCUGGUUCAUCUCAACCUCAGCAACAACUGUGUGGCGCCCUUCCUUGGCCUCAGUGCUUGGGGGGUCCUGUUGCCCUCAUCUGAGACUCUACAGCACACGUUGUACUGUAGAGAUUCAGGUGUCAGAUGAGACCACCACUGUCAGAGGUAAAUAGGAUUUUGCCACCUUUUCUUCCGUUGGGUGCUUUACCAUCUCAGUGCCCAUCUCAUGAAUGGGUAGAAAACAGGUAGCAAUCAGAGCCUGCUGGUGGGCCGUGAUCCUGAAGCAAACAGCUGGCUCUGUCCUGCCACUGCAGUCCUCAAGGAAGCACGAUGCUGCAUUGUGCCCUUGGUCAACAGCAUCUGUUUCUCAGGAAACAGAGGUCAGUGCUAUGAUUGCCACACACUGGAAGCACUGUAGACCACAAGCAGUAAGGUAACAUUUAGCAAGAGGACUUUAUUUUGAAACAGAAUGUUGGAACAAACUACGCGGAACACAAAUCCGUUUGUGUGCGGUAUCCAGGAUGCCCAGUGAUGCUGCCCCACGUUGGUUAAGUUGCACUGUCCUCAGCUCCUGCUCUGGCAGGGGCAGCUGUCCCGUGUAUGCACUGAAAAACUGGUGCUCACUCAGCUCUGUGGAAAGCUGCAGGCCAACUCCCUGUAUCUGCUAAGCCUUGCCAAAAUGUAUGGCCAUGCCAGCUUG